AUGGCUCGUCUUUUUCAAUCUCUGCGCCGAGCUUUGGGGCUGAUUCCCUCAAAGCCCGUCCCAAAAUUUUCGGGGUCAAUUGACACGAAUUUCUCUUAUUUUAGAGAGGGGGACAGAGUCGUUGUUCAUGGCAAAACUCCAUCAUUAACGAAGCCCCUUCGGAGAGGGCAGAAGACCGAUGUGCGACGAGGAGUACUGGAACACGAUAGCAUCAUCGGCCAGCGAGUACGAGAUCUUGUCAAGGCGCACAAGGGCCCUGACUACCGACUCAGCCUUCCGACCCUCGACGAAUAUGUUUCUAUGACACCCCGACUCGUCACACCAAUCUAUUCCGCAGAUGCCAACUUGAUUGUGUCCCUCCUCGAUAUCCACGUCACUCCCCCAGCAGAAGGAUCCCAGGAACAGCCACCGUUGGAAAUCCUCGAGUCUGGCACAGGUCAUGGCUCCCUAACUCUGCACCUCGCGCGCGCGAUCCAAGCAGCCAACUCAGUUCCACCUCCUCUCCCACAAAAGUCUCAGAUCCAAUACCUGCAGGGACGACCGAUCCGCCCCGGAACCGACGUGGAAAAGGCAGACCCCAAAUCAACCAGCAACACCGCCCAAGAAUCACCAGACGAAUCCGCCGAGCAGCAAACUCAACAACAACAAUGGGACACCUGGCGCGCCCACCGACGCGCCAUCAUCCACACCGUAGACGUCUCCCCCAAAUUCUCCGCCCACGCCGAGAAGAUCGUCCGCGGGUUCCGCCGCGGAAUCUACGCCGGUAAUGUCGACUUCUACGUCGGCCACGUAGAGAACUGGAUCGCAGUGCAGAAGAAGGCACGCGCAUCGAGUUCCCUUCUCUCGAGCAGCCCCACAGUCGAGCCGUUCCUCUCCUACGCUAUCCUCGACAUGCCGUCCGCACACCUGCGUAUCCCCCACGUCAGCCCAAUCCUGAAAAGAGACGGCAUUCUGGUCGUAUUCAUGCCGAGCGUGACCCAGGUCGGCGACUGCGUGGACCUCAUCCGACGGCAAAAGCUCCCCUUCAUCCUUGAGAAGGUCGUGGAGCUCGGCUCUGGCAUCAGCAGUGGUCGGCUCUGGGAUGUGCGGUUCGCCGUGAAGAAGUCGCGUGCGGACCCGUCCUCGUGGACUGAGGCCGCGGACUCGGCGGAGGCCGAGGAAGACUCUUCUGACGCUGGCGUGGAAAGCGUGCCUGCUGCUCUCGAAGAAGCUGCAAGGCAAGAGGAGAGCGUGCUGGUCUGCCGACCUAAAGUCGGGGCCAGGAUUGUGGGUGGAGGUUUUGUCGGCGUGUGGAGAAGGAUAGAAGAUUCGUCGAAGGAGUAG